AUGCAACUGACCCGCAACGGUUUAGUCCGAAACAAGACGCGGCUUAGUUCGAAUCGAUUGAAGGAGACCUAUCGGCGGCCAUUGCGAAGGGGUAGAUUUUGUUGAUAUUAUUUUGGGGGAAGACUGCUCCUCACUAUUCGUCAUAGAAACCGUGAGGCACCAGCACGAAUAACAAGAGCAAGAACAGUGGAACCGCGUGUGUAUUUUUUUCGGUUGUGUUUUGUGAAGCUUAGAACAUCCCUAAGAGAGACCAGUUUGGGUCUUCGCGGAAGAAGAUUUAUCCAGACCAGAAUCGAUGAUCGUCGAUCAGUCGCUGUCCAGACUUGGGCGGAGAAACAUUUCGGUGGGCAAAACUGACCGGUUGGUAACUGAAUCGAUCCAGAGGAUUUUUAACCAGUGCCAGUGAUUGAGUGAUACCCUACAGCUAUACAUACUUACAGCUGAGUGCAAAAAAUAACAACAUCAGCAUCAAAAUCGGACGUGUCCAGCUUCAGAGGAAGCCUCUUGAUGGACAACGGAGUCGGCAGCACAAACCCCAAAGAAACCGUCGUCGUUGUUGUCGUUCGAUGACAUCGUCGUCUAGCAGGAACACACUCUCUGUCCAGCCGCCGGAUUUGUGGAAAACAAAAUGAUUCCAGCUGCGGUGAUUACGAGCACGUCAAAAGUCGGGAUCCACCAGCAACGAUAGUGAUAAAAUGUGCCGGGCCGAUUCCCUCUGAAGAACGAGUGGAACCCCGUUAGACUUUUGGUUCCAGCAAGUUAAGAAAAAAAACUGUGAUAUUAUACCAUUUUUUUCCUACCAUAUACCGAGUAAGUUGUGAGUGGAAGUUACCUGAAGUUGAAGUUAGUGGUGCAAAAAAGUGACCUGACGACUUUCGUGAGUGCGCGCUAGUUUUCGGAACAAAGUUUGUGAACCAGCGAAACGGUUAAUAAACCAAGAACGUAAAGUGAAAUCAAAGAACCAUUCUGAGUUUGCGGCUAAUCGACGCGUGGAAGCAGAACCAAACGACUUAAAAAGUUAAGUUCUGCCGGUCGAAGCAAAGCAAAAAAAAAACAACAAAACAUCAGAAAACAGCACAACUCAUAAGCGAUAAAAUGACCGGAAAGGAAACUUCCGCCCUGGUGGACAAAGGCCCGGUCCCGAAGAUCGUGGCCGCCGGCGAGAAGGGCGGUGCUGCCACUACCCUGCCCAAUGUCGAGGGCCAACCGAGCAAAAGCGAACGGGGCAAAGCCCUGCGGCAGGUUAUCGCCGCCUUCAUUGCCAACAUCGGAACUAUCAACACCGGGUUGAUUUUUGGGUUCUCGGCUGUGGUCAUCCCGCAACUACAAGCCCCGGAUACGCUCAUCCCCGUCGACGAGAGCCAAUCAUCGUGGGUUGGUAAGUGGAGUUUUUUUUUUAAAUGUUUUCAGCGUUUAGUUAUUGUUAAUCUACAAAGUAUUUUUGAUAAACUUAGUUCAAAAUCCUGCGUAUAGUGAUGGAAUUUCCCA